AUGGACCGUGCAGGAAAGAUCGUGUUCUACGAAGACAGAAACUUCCAAGGCCGUUACUAUGAGUGCAACAGCGACUGUCCCGAGCUCAACACCCACUUCAGCCGCUGCAACUCUGUGCGCGUGGAGAGCGGCGCCUGGGUCCUGUACGAGAGGCCCAACUACCUGGGCUACCAGUACGUCCUGACCCGGGGCGAGUACUCGGACUACAAGCGCUGGAUGGGCUACAACGACAGCGUCAGGUCGUGCAGGAUCAUAAGAAAUUCCUCUGGUGUGUUCAGGAUCCGUGUCUACGAGCGUCCGGACUUCAGAGGUCAGACGCUGGAGGCCACGGAGGACAUGAACAACCUGCCCGACCACUGGCCCCUGCGGGAGGUCCACUCCGCCCGCGUGCAGGACGGCGCCUGGGUCUUCUACGAGCUGCCCGACUACCACGGACGUCAGUACCUGCUGGAGAGAGGAGAGUACCGGCGCUUCAACGAGUGGGCCGCCAUGAGCCCCAACGUGGGCUCCUUCCGCCGCAUCCACGACUUUUAG